GACACCGGAAGUGAGGUCAUAAUGGGCCACCGGAUUUCGAGCGCGCAGGGUGAUGACUCGCUCCGGCGGUUGAGCUCUGGAGUGACGCUGUUGAGGCCGGGGCCAUGGCCGACGGCGGCGGCGGCGGAGGAGGAAGAGGAAGCGAAGAAAUGGGGGAAGCGGGCGACGGCGAGGCCUGGGUGGAGCGGCUCCGCGCGGAGUGCGAACCCGAGCACCACUGGAAGUACCGCCGGGAGUUCCUCCUGCGCAACGGCGGAGAGGAAAGCCGGGAGGAAGAGGGCGCGGAGCUGCGGCGCCUGAUUUCCUUCUCCAUGGUGUGGGCCAACCACGUCUUCCUCGGGUGCCGGUAUCCUCCAGAAGUGAUGGAAAAAGUGAUGGACAUGGCUGCGGGCAUCACAGUGACCAAUGCACCAACCCACACUCUGAGAGAUGACCUGGUUUCCAAGGUGAAACGACGCAUAUCCAGUAGCAAUGAAGGAUCAGAGGAACUUUGCAAAAAGCGAGCCAUGGGCACAGACAAACCCUCUGAAGUUGGAGGCAAUGACAUAAAAACUACAAAGGUAGACGUUCCCAUGGAAGUAGAUGCUGUGAAGAGCCCAGGAAAGGAGACAUCGAAAACUCCAGAGAAGCCGUUGCCUUUGGUUGUGGCCCAGAAGGCAUCAUCAUCAUCAGCUGCAUCCACAACUCAGACAGCAGUGCCAGCCACAUCUACAUCCGUGUCCCAGAAAACAGCACCCACUGUGUCUACGGUUGUGGCCCAAACGACAGCAGCCACUACUUCUGCAGCUGUGGCUCAAAAGCCAUUGCCCACUGCAUCUACAGCUGUGACCCAAAACACAACACCCACCACAUCAACGACUGGAAGAUCAGAGGCCAAAGUUUCUAAUAUUGAGUCUCUAGCAUCUACAAAGCAUAAAUCAACUCUGGCUUCUUCUUUGCCUGGCUCUGAAUCCAAGAUGAAUUAUUCUUUGACUAAACCUCCAGAGUCCAAAUCUGUAAAUGCCCUGUCAUCUGAAAAGAAAUUAAGCUCGGAAAGUACUGCGGCUUUAAAAAGCAGUUUGCAUACAAGCGCAGUCCCUGUCAAGAUCCCAUGCAGGUUAUUAACAAGCGAAGAUGCAAAAGAGAGGCAGCCAUUUUUCAAUAGACUCUACAAAGCUGUUGCUUGGAAGUUGGUUUCUGUUGGAGGGUUUAGCCCCACUGUCAAUCAUGCAGAACUGUUGGACUCCUCCAUUCAGUCUGUCAAGGCAACCUUAGAUGUUGAAUUUGUUCCACUGAAAGAGCUGGCCGAUUUACCUCAAAAUAAAAGCUCUCAGGAAAACGUGGUCUGUGAACUGAGAUGCAAAUCUGUAUACUUGGGUACUGGCUGUGGAAAAAGUAAGGAAAAUGCCAAAGCAGUUGCUUCAAGGGAGGCAUUGAAACUGUUUCUCAAGAAGAAGGUUGUUGUGAAAUUAUGUAAAAGGAAGUACAAAGGAAGGGAAAUGGAAGAUUUGGUGCUUCUUGAUGAAGAAUCAAAACCACUAAAUUUACCUCCUGCUUUACGAAAUCCUCAAGAACUUUUGCAAAACAGUGAAGUAGUCACUGAAUAUACUAGCAAAUAAUGUUUUAUCACAGAUAAAUUAAUUUUGUAUACUAGAUUAGAUUCCCAGAUAUUUUGUAUUUCUCAGUUCUGCAGAACAAAUACCAUUAUUCUUUUCACCCAGUAGCAGAUGUAAAUAAUCCUUUAAAGAUGUAAAGUGUGAAGAAGUAUGCCUUAAGAUAUAUAGCACAUUAAUGUGCUGUUUUAUUUGAUAAACAGUCUACCUAAGUCUUCUAUUUUUUAACAGAAUAAUUAUGGUACAGUUUGCUGUUCAGUGUGGUCUAAUUUUGUAACUCCUAUAAUUUGGUAGUAGUACUGUUCAUUUCUUUUAGCAGCAAAUGAAUAUGUCAGCAAGAAGUAUUGUAGGUGAAUAGUAGAAAGUUGUCUAAAAGUUCUGUCAGACAUUUAAUCAUUUGUUUUGUAUGUUGCUCAUAAUGUUCAUGAGGCUCUUAAAACUGUUUGAAUUGCUUUAAUGAUGUAGUAAUUUAAAUCUUAAUCGCAAAUGUUCUGCUGGUCGUAUUUUAAUAUACAUGCGGUAGAAACAUUACCAGAUAUCACUAAAACCUUCUCGAAGCAGAUUUAACUUCUAUUUUGUGAGACUCCAUUUUCAAGUUUUUGAAUAAAUACAGCUUCUAAAUAUAUUUUAUGUCUGAAAUAAUUUGGGAGGGGAUUUUAAAUUUUCAUUUAGCACUUUUAACUAAAGCCCAUUUUAUAACUUUGAUACCAGUUUUUAAAAAGUUUUUGAUCCUGUGGUAUUAAUUAGCAAUUUCUGCAACCCAUGUGAUCUUCUACUUUUAUUAAAAUGUCUGCAUUAUAUUCUUGCUUUGUAGUUGGUAUAUAUUUAUGAAUGUGAUAACUGGGUUCUAGAGAGAGAAAAAACUGUUGCACUAAUAUGAAAUACCCCAUCCAAAACAUUGUAGUGAUGUCUUGUUCACAUACAGUUCUACUUGUACAAGAAUUAGCACCCUGUAAGAAAUGUUCUGUGUGAAUAAUGAGGAAGCCACAUUGCAUUAAUAGAUCAUUUGCUGGUGCACGGGAGCUUAUUUGUAUCUGUGGCUUUGCCCUAAGUAAGAUUGACCUUUCAACAGUAAUCAGCAGUAGGGAAACUUAGAAGCUAAAGGUAUUUCACAAGUUUUUGCAUAGGGCUGUCUAACAUUGCUUUACAUUCCUUCAUGUAAAUAGUUGAAGCUAUUGAUUGGAAGGCAUAAAGUUUUAAAACUGUGGGUUGAUACAGACUUAGGCCCUUUCUACACUGCCCUAUAUCUCAGGAUCUGAUCCCAGAUUAUCUGGCAGUGUAAACCCAUAUAACCCAGUUCAAAUCAGAUAAUCUGGGAUCAGAUCUUGAGAUAUAGGGCAGUGUAGAUCCAGCUUUAGCCAUAGUUAAACUAGCCCCACUGGAGUCAAUAGGACUUAAAUUAGAAUAUUGUAUAUAUUCCAGUGGGUCUACUUUAAAUAUAAUCUAACUGGAUCUUGGCUUUUCAUGGAGUUGUGUUGAUGCAGUUUUUGGCAUGUCAAAUGGUUUUUAGCUGUUAAAGAAUCAACUAGUCUUCCAUCACAAGUUGCUUUACCGAUGCAACACAAUUUUGAGUGCAUUUAUAUAUGCAAUAAAUAUUCUAAAGCAUGACAUAUUGCAGAUUCAAAAAUAAAUACCAAAACUGUA